AUGCCGCAAUAUAAAGGGAGGUCAAGCUUCCAGAGCUCCAAGUAUUUGGGAAGCUCGAGAUCUCAUCAUACUGAGAGGCUUCGGAAGAUUGCACUCUUUCUCGUUAUUUGCGCUUUCCUAUAUGCUUCGUACAUCAUGCUCUUGGAUCAAAUACUUUUAUUGUCCCUCACCGGUGUGACGGCUUCAGCCUUGCUUCCCGAGAAACAGCCAUGUUCAUCUUCUACAAACGAUGUUCCGCAGUAUUUUCAGACAACUCCCGAACUUUGGGCCGGACCAACAGCGACGGGUAGAGCUCCUUUCCUAGCCCAGACAAAUCCAGUCUCGUUUGCACCAACUGUGACUUUCGUGCCAAAUACUCCUCUCGAGACUGCCCAGCCUAUUGUAGGGCAAGGUCAGAAUGACAGUAUUUUCCAUCUUAUGGGACAUCUCACUCCUUACGUGCCUAAUCCAUCUGGAUUUGGCGUUGCAGAAUAUCCAUUACCACCUGGAGCUAAGAUUGCUCAACUUCAGAUGCUUUCACGCCAUGGAGCACGCUAUCCCACGUCAGGAAGCAAUGUUGCAACCUUUGGUGAAAAGGUCGCAAACUACACGGGAAAAAUCGAUGCUACUGGGGCUCUGUCGUUUUUGAAUGAUUGGAAGUACGAAUUAGGUCAUGAGAUUCUAGUUCCUCGUGGAAGGCAAGAACUGUACGAUAGUGGCAUUUUGCACUAUUAUCAAUACGCUCAAUUAUAUAACCCUCACAGCAAAAUUAUCGCUCGCACUACCACUCAAGAUCGAAUGCUCAAGAGCGCUGAAUACUUCAUGGCUGGAUUCUUUGGUCUCGAAUGGACAAAUAAUGUCACUAUCGAAGUCAUCAUUGAAUCGACUGGCUUCAAUAACAGCUUGGCAGGUUACGAUAAUUGUCCUAAUGCAAACAAUUAUAGAAGUGCUGGAGGAAACAAUGCUACAAACCAAUGGGUAGCUACAUAUCUACAGAAUGCCACCGCUCGUUUCCAGUCCAUGGUCUCGCCGGAGUUCAAUUGGACUGUCGUCGAUACCUACGCAGCACAAACCAUGUGCCCAUAUGAGACUGUGGCAUAUGGCUACAGUGCCUUCUGCAAUCUAUUUACCUAUGAAGAAUGGGCCGGCUUCGAAUACGCGAUUGACCUUUACUUCGCGGGUGGAAAUUCCUUCGCUUCUCCUACUGGUCGCGCUGUUGGAAUCGGCUAUGUCCAAGAAGUAGUCGCCCGUCUUCAAAACCAUACCUUGGGUUACUCCGGUUCCCAAAUCAACACUACCUUGGACAACAACAUCGCUACCUUUCCCCUGAACCAAUCCAUCUACUUUGAUUUCUCCCACGACACAAACAUCAUGUCGAUUCUCACCGCUUUCGGCUUCACACAAUUCGCUGAAGCCCUACCAGCUACCCAUCAUCCUGGCCCGCACAACCUGACCGUUUCGCACAUGGAACCCUUUGGCGCAAGAUUAGAUAUAGAGAUUAUCAAGACACCAAAACCUCUAGCAGCAGAUAGGACAUACGUAGAUGGAAAGGAAACUACGUAUGUACACUUUAUCCUCAAUCAGAGAACGUUACCUUUAGGGUUCAGUUUUCCAGAGUGUGGGGCUGAUAGGUUGGAUGGUUGGUGCGAUUUGGAUACGUUCUUGGACGUGCAGAGUAAAUCGACAAAGGAUGCUCAGUAUGAGUAUGCUUGCUUUGGUGAUUAUCCUGCGGAGCCAUAUGGGAGUGUUACGAAUGGCGUGCCAAGUUCUUAG